CCAGCAGAGGAGACAGUGCUGCGCUGCCAGAACCCCAACUGCGCCGGUGAGAGGAGGGCAGCCAAGGAAUGCCACCACGUGGAGUGCCGGCAGCUGAGCCGCAGCGGCCCCCUCAGCCUGUGUGAGGUCUGUGACGGCCGCCUCCAUGGCGCCAUGCACUUCGACGGCCACAUCCGCUUCGACCUGCCCCCGCAAGGCUCCAUCCUGGCCCGCAACAUGUCAACGCGCUCGUGCCCCCCACGCACCAGCCCUGCCUCCGAUGUGGAGGAGGAAGAGGAAGGUCCAGCAGAGAGCAGAGGGGAACGCAGGAGCUCGGCACUGAAGCUGCCCAAAAAGAAGGCUUGGCGCAGGCACACAGACGACCCUAGCAAGGAGUGCUUCACCCUGAAGUUCGACCUUAGCGUCGACAUGGAGGCAGAGAUUGUGCCGGCUGUGAAGAAGAAGUCGCUGGGGGAGGUGCUGCUGCCGGUGUUCGAGAGGAAGGCGAUCGAGCUGGGCAAGGUGGACAUCUACCUGGACCAGUCCCACACCCCCCUGUCCCUGCAGUUCGAGGCGUUCCGCUUCGGGGGGCACUACCUGCGGGUGAAAGCCAAGCCUGGGGAUGAGUUGAAGGUGGAGCAGGCAGUGCGGGACGCCAGGUCGGCCAGCCUGCCCAUCCUGCACCCUGCCAGCACCGCUGCAGUCCUCGGGCCAGUCCUGGAGCCACUGCCAGGGUGCCGAGAGGGCACUGACAGCCUGGCUCUUAGCCGGCGGAGGAAGAACAUGACGGAGUUCCUGGGGGACACCAGCAUUCCCAGCCCUGAGCUGGCCCUGCACAUCGGCAGCUCCCUGCCCACCAAUGGCACCGACACCUGGAAGAACCGCGCUGCCAGCCGCUUCAGCGGCUUCUUCGGCUCUGGCACCAGCGUGGGCUCCUUCGGGCGGGAGACUGAGAAGCUGGAGCAGCUGGCGAACAGGCUGCACGCCUACGGCACCUUCGGGCUGCCCAAGCUGCCGCCCCAGCUCCGCUUUGACCGCGACUCCUGGGAGGAGGAUGGGGAUGAGGCUGGGCUGGCACUGGAGGACAGCUGGCAGCAGAUCAUCCAGGGAGCAGAGGCCCUGUCACGCCGGCAGUGCCACCAGCAGGAAGCCAUCUGGGAGCUACUGCACACCGAGGCCACCUACAUCCGCAAGCUCAGAGUCAUCACCGAUCUCUUCCUCUGCUGCCUGCUGAACCUGCAGGAAUCAGGGCUGCUCUGUGAGGUGGAUGUCGAGCGGCUCUUCAGCAACAUUGGGGAGAUCAUCCGGCUGCACUGCGAGCUGUGGCGCAGCGUCAUGGCCCCGGUGCUGGCCAAGGCACGACGGACCGGGGCACUGCUCGACCCCAUUGACUUCCUCAAUGGCUUCAAGACGUUCGGGUCCCUCUUCAAGCCCUACGUGCGGUACUGCAUGGAGGAGGAGGGAUGCAUGGAGUACAUGCGGGCACUGCUGCGGGACAGCGAGCUCUUCCGCACCUAUGUGACGUGGGCCGAAAAGCACGAGCAGUGCAGCCGUCUGAAGCUGAGCGACAUGCUGGUGAAGCCCCACCAACGCCUCACCAAGUACCCGCUGCUCCUCAAGUCCGUGCUGAAGAAGACAGAUGACCCACGUGCCCGUGACGCCAUUACCACCAUGAUCAGCUCUGUGGAGCGCUUCAUCAACGACGUCAACUCGCGGAUGCGCCAGCGGCAGGAGCGGCAGCGCCUGGCCACCAUCCUCAGCCGCAUCGACACCUACGAGGUGGUGGAGGGCAGCACAGAUGAGGUGGACAAGCUACUGAAGGAAUUCCUGCGGCUGGACCUGACAGCCCCCAUCCCCGGCACCUCCCCAGAGGACACCCGGCAGCUCCUCCUCGAGGGCAGCCUGCGCAUGCGGGAAGGUAAAGACAGCAAGAUGGACGUCUACUGUUUCCUCUUCACUGACCUCUUCCUCAUCACCAAGCCCCUAAAGAAGGCUGAGCGCACCAAGGUGGUCCGGCAGCCCUUGCUGGUGGACAAGGUUGUCUGCCGAGAGCUCAGGGACCCAGGCUCCUUCCUUCUCAUCUACCUGAACGAGCUGGGGAGCGCUGUGGCUGCCUACACCUUCCAGGCCAGCGGGCAGUCCUUGUGCCGCAGCUGGGUCGAGGCGGUGCGCAAUGCCCAGGUGAGGGGCACGGGGCUGCGCAGGGGACCUGCAGGUGCCCUGUGCACAACCUGCUCCUCGCUGAUGCCUCCCCUUUCCCAGAACCUGCUGCAGCAGCUGCGGCAGCGCCGGUGCAUGGAAGAGGAGGAGGAGGAGGAGGAGGACGGCGGGAGCGGCACCUCAGCUGCCAGUUCACCUACCAUCCUGCGCCGCAGCAGUGCCAGCCCAGACUCACAGCAGUGCCCCUCUGACGGUUCCACUGAGACGCUCGCCAUGGUGGCAGCAGACGGCGGUGAUGAGCUCUCCUCCCCAGACUGGGACACGGGACCCUUCAGAUCGACCUCAGACAGCUCCUCCGUUGGCACCAGCACCUCCAUCAGCACCGGCACCUCUGCGGACACCUCCACCGAGACCCCCACCCAGGAGCUGCCUGCAGGCGUCCUGCCUGUGCCCCUGCCCCAUGGCAUGGCCUCCCCGGCUGGCGGCUGCCGCUCGUCCUCCAUCGACAGUGCCUAUGGCACGCUCUCACCUGCCUCCCUGCGGGACUUCGCCCAGCAGCCAGAGGGGGUGGCUGAGGAGGGGCGGGAGCCCUCCCUGGCCCCCCCAGCCCCACGGCCCCCCUCGCCCCGGCUGCGCCGCCGCACCCCAGUGCAGCUCCUGCCCUGCCCGGCCAGGGUGCUUAAGUCCAAGUCAGAGGCCAGCCUGCCACAGCUCCUGUCCCCCACUUCCCCAGGCCCCUUAAGCCAGAGCCGCAGCCUCUCUGACCUCUCUGCUGGCUCUCCCCAGACUAACCAAGCCCCUGUGCCCCCAGCUGCCUCUGGCAGCAGUGGCAGCUCCACAUCCGAGCUCUCGGAGCCUGAGGAGCCAGUGGAGAGCCCAACCUCUGUCCCAGGGGAGCUCAGGCGUGACCCCCCCCCUCCUGCCCACCGGACCCUCUCGGACCCGCAGUCGGCACGGCACCGCAAGCUGACGCUGGCGCAGCUGUACCGGAUCCACGCCACGCUGAUGCUCAACUCCACGCUGACGGCCUCGGAGGUCUGAGAGCCGCUGGCAUGGAAAGCACAGACGCGCAGAUGCACCGAGGAGCUGCUCCUGCUUCUAACCAUAGCGUAAUGCCAGGGCUGGGCAGAGCGAGCACUGGGAUGCCACGCUGGUGGGGACACGGAUGGGGAUGCAGACCAGUCGCCUUGGCGAGGACGUGCUCUGGGCACGGCAGUGCGGGGCUGGACAUGGCACAUGGCUUGUGCUGGACCCUCGUCCACAGAGACACGGGUUGUUGGGCAGGGGGCCCUGGGGCCGUGGGGGGCUGCGGGGGGCUGUGGGGCAGCUCCUGUGGGCGACGAAGGGAUGACAAUGUCGGCAAUGGUGAGUGGGGAAGAUGCUGAGAGGGAUGCAGUGCCAGGGGCAUGGUGCUGCAGGCGGUGCAGGGAGGAGGCUGGGGCUGGUGGCAGGAGGGGACAGUGCGGGGCUGGGGUGGGUUUGCCCUGUGUGGUGGCAGUAGGUGGCAGUGCCCAAGGCCAGAGUAUGAGAGUUGUGGUGGGAGCCCCCCCAUGCCAGGCUGCACUCCACGUCCCAGCUGAGCAAUAAACCCAGCUGGUACACGCUCGCGCCCGCCUCGCCUCUCCUUCAGCCACAGCAGCACCCAGGGCUGGGCAGCACUGGGGUGGGUGAGGCACAGCUGAGGGAGCCCCAUGGGGGCAGGCGAAGAGGGGACUGGGGCCAGUUUCAGCCUCCUGUUCCAGGGCUCAGGAUGGAGAUGGAGCCCUGGGGUGGGGGUCAGCGCUGCUCCCUGCAUGCUGUACAUCCCCCCCACCAACCCCCGCUACCCUGGGUUUGUGCCAGCGGGUGAGGGAGGGCGGCGGCACUCCUGUCAUGUGGUUUCAUAUCCCCUGGACUCAUUUCCAAAAAAGCAUUUCCUCCUGCUGCGGUCGGGUGUAAAAGCCUGUGUGGGGAGGGCUGGCGCUCACUCACCACGCGUCGCGUGCUGCUGGCGGUGGCCAUGGGGUGCCGGGGCACCCUGCCUGGGCACUGAGCUGCCCUGACGCCCACCUGCGCCCGCCACCCCGGUCCCCUCACUGCCCUGGCAUGAACCAGCCACAUCGACCACAAGGAUGAAGUGUUGCUGCCCUGGGGUGGCUUGGGUGAGUGUGCCGACACGCGGGUCCCAUGGAGCCCUGACACCAGCUGUGGGGUGCCCCAGGGCCACAGCUGAAAUGGGUCUGGAGGAGGGAGGGAGGAAGGUGGAGUGACUCCAGUGUCAAACGUGCCAAACACGCUUGCCCCUCUGGCUAACAUCUGGGACUGGUCUCUGCUGCACCGAAGCACCC